CAACAUGGCGGCGAACAAGAAUGUGUGAUAGUAACUAUUUACAACGAAACUUUUCUGAGAUUUAAAGAGGAUGGAAGUAGAUUUGAAUCCCAACUACAAUAGAAGAUGAAGCAGGGUGAAACAUUCUAUCUAUUUCUCAUCUGCAUAAGUGGAAUUUCAGGGUUGCCAUGGUACCAGGGUUGUUUCCAUGGCAAUGGAACAACAACUACAAGUGAUGUCCUAGUUCUUCCCAGGAAUGAUUCGCUGCCAGUGUCUCCUUCAGAUUGCAGCCGGCAGUGCUUAGUAACAGGGUACGCCUAUACAGUGGUAAAAGGGUCAAGCUGCGAUUGCACUAGCGACAUUACUGGUUAUCUGCAAACUACUGAGGACCGCUGUAACAACAGCUGUCUCCUUGGGACUGUCAGCAGUGUGUGCAACAGUAACAGCUCACUAGGGGGAGCCAGUGAGGAGUUUGUCAGCGUCUUCACAACAGAAGGUCCUUUCAUUAGUCAUGUGGAGGUUUUGGUGCUGUCGUCCCCAGUAUAUGUAGGUCAUGUGGUACCAUUGGAGGUCAGGGUUCAACUUGGAGGGCUGCCUGAAACGGGCGAAGGUUUCCUUGGUCUCAAUGGAUCCGAUUUUGGAGAGCUCUUUUUUGUUUGGAGUCUGGACGGUGUACAGUUUAGACAAGACAACAUCAGCGCCUUGGAAAAUGAAACAUUUGUCCUGCCAAUCAUCCACACAUUCAGUCAACCAGGGUGGACGUGGCUUGGAGAAGCAGAGGAAUGGCUUAAAUUACUGUUCUCGCUGAAGGAGCUGAGAGCUGUUGCUUAA